AUGAUCAUUGAUAAGAGAGAACACUUACAGCGAAUGGAGUUGGCUGCACCAAUCAAGUCAUUGAUUGAUGCUUUGACCAAUGCAAGCGAAGAAGAGUUUACUCCAUUGUUGAGGUCAAAUUUAAAGUGGAAAAGACCCAGAGGCGACCUUUUGCACUGGAUACCAGUGCUCAACCGUAUCGAUGAGGUCUUUUCUAACCAUAUCAAGGAGUAUGACUUGGAGAACGAGUAUCCAAAGUUACGCCUCAUUCCUGGGAAAGAAGCAGACGCUAUCAUAACUUGCCUUGAAUUUACAAACACGUUGCUUAGCAAUUGUUCAGACAAGCACAUCUAUUCGAGUAUGGAAAGGAUUUACGCGUUAAUCAACACACCUACGAUUGAUGUAAGACUAAAAGCCUUGGAAGUGGCUGUAUUGCUCGGUGAAAAGUUUGUGUUAACAGGGGCAUCUCGUUUCUCAGCUCCGAAAGAAGCAAGAGAUAAAAUACUUGAAAUCGCCAAAGCCUUCCCUCCAUUGGUCCCCGCUGAAUGCAACCUGAGACAGAUUGAAAAUGAACAAAAGGAUUCAAAUGAGAAAUCGAGUAUCAUAGGAGAUCAUUACGACUUUGUUGACACUUUGGACCGAACAAAGGUGCUCCCACAAAAGUGGAAAAGCAUCAAUUUCCAAUAUUACAGAUCUACCCUAUCCCCAUCCAAGAGUGGAGAGCUGACACAGGGAUCCAACUCGAAUCAGAGCAAAGAAAAAGCAGAGAAAAUGGUUGUAUCUGAAGGUUUACAGAUCUUCUCCGUUCCAGAAGAAUCCGUUACCAAGAUGGCUUUGGAGCAGAUAUUUCUGAAAGGAAUGGACAUUUUACCAAAAAACUCUUGGUUCUCAUUCGGUCUUGCAGCAGAAGUUGCAAAAUCGUUUAAUACCCAGUCGGAAAAUGCGUUCAAGCUUAGAGAGAAAUUGAUCCAAAUGAAAUGUUUUGCCGCGGCGUUUACUUGUUGCAUGUUGUCUCACCAAAACGCCUCAACAAGACUACUCGAGACUGAGCCCUAUAUUUUGAGUUUUCUCGUGGAUGCUAUUCUGCCUGAAAAUAGUGACCAUGUUCCAAGGCCGGUAUUUUAUGCUGCAAUGAAAGCACUCGAGUGUAUUUCCAUGAAGAAGGUAUGGGGAAGCGACAUAAUAAGAUGCAUGGGUGGAAAUGUGAGUCAUGGUAUUCUAUUUCAGUGCUUAAGACGUAUAAAAGGAUUAGUUGCUCAAGAUGACGAUCAGUACUACGAAGAAGGUAAUAUACUAUUCUUCAACAUGCUCGGUAACAUGAUAAAUACAAAGAGCAUUUUACCACGUCUUGCUGCUGGAGGAUUGCUUAAUGACUUGAUGCCAUUUUUGGAUAUCCGCUCCAAGUACAAAUGGACCUGUUCUGCUGCUGUGCAUCUGCUAUCCUUGUACAUCGCUGGCUUUUCUGAGUCUCUUGACGAGUUUAUUGCCAAUGAUGGUUUUAAUUCGCUCAUUAGUGAUAUCCAAUAUGAGGUAGACUCUGCACUUGAGGAGCCACAUGGCGAUGAUGACGCAUAUGGCGAGUGUCCACAAUACACAAAGAUUCCAUUGAGAAGAGCCAACUUUUUGCGAAAUUUGAUGAAGUUUGUUGCCGAUCUACUCAACUCCGACCAUGGAGAUAGGCUCCGUAAUUUGUUUGAUUCACCAAUUCUUUUGAGUUUUAAUAAGAUCAUUAAUAAUUCAGACAUAUUUGGUCCAUCCAUUUUGAGUUGCACCAUAGAUUCUGUUUUUUUCAUCAUUCAUAAUGAACCCACUGCAUUUUCUAUUUUGAACGAAGCCAAUGUUAUUGACACAAUCCUAGACAACUAUAGCAACUUAUUUAUGCCUUCAGGGCAGUUGUUGAUGUCUCUUCCCGAAGUUCUUGGAGCUAUUUGCUUAAACAACGAAGGUCUCAAGAGGGUCAUUGACAAAAACAGUAUACCUAUUUUUUUCGAAACGUUUUAUGAACUUCCUAUUGCCAAAGUGUUGGUCAAAUCUGACAUGGCUACGAAUUUAGGAUGUUCUUUUGAUGAAUUGGGUAGACAUUACCCAAGUCUCAAACCCUUGAUUUUGGAGCAAGUGCUGAAAUUGAUCGAACAGAUGAUGAUCUACGUGGAUGAACGGAUGGAAGGUAUUAAACUAUACGAAUCACCCUCGGGUCCAUUUUAUAAUUCGAAAGAAGAAGAGCCAAAUGUUAAGUCAAAUGGUGGCGAGGAAAUUGAAAGCUGGGAUAGGAACGAGUGCUCCAUUUUACUCGAUAAUGUUUAUUUUUUCCUUGGAGGAUUGCUUCAAGAGAGCGGGCUGUGGGGAGAAGACGUGGCGCGUACGAUUAAUUUUUCGAAAUGGCUCAAAUUCCUUACCAUCAAGAAGGCGCCCUAUGAUUAUUUCUUGUCCAACGGAAUUUCUUCCUUGAUGGGUAUUUUCAAAUACUUUGAUGACGAAGAUAGAGAUUAUGGAUUCCCGAUGAUAGUUGAAAAGCUUAGGCAAUUAAUCGAGGUCGACUUGGUGCAGGAUUACAUCUUUUUUGAGGGCCCUGAAUCUUACGAUGAAUCUUUCUUUGACGCGACCACUCAAGAGCAAGGAACAGAGCUUUUGCAGUACUUGGGUGAAAUAAACGUAUUGCUUUUUGCUUUGACUGAGAUUUACAUAAACUUGGGAUUACUAUUUACAGAAAGAAUCAAACAGAUUGUUGAUAUGUUUGGAUCUCAUACAAACUUUGUCAGAAAGUUGUUCUUGCUAUUACAACGAAGUGUAAUGGAAGAAACGUUUUUAAGAAAUAGAACCCCUGAUGAAGUGUUGAAAAUGACAUCAAAUUUCCCCAACGAUAGCCCUCCAUUACAAAUCAAUGUCUGUGACCCUGUUGAUUCAAAGGUGGAUACGAGCGGCACCAACCCCAAAUUCAAAAACACUUUACAGCUUCGUACACUAAAUUAUUAUUUCCAAGGAUACAUCGCUCUUGUGUUUGCUUCUGUUGUCAGAACGUGUAUUCCUCGCAGAGUUGAUCAUUCCAACGCUCAAACCAAAAGAGAUGCUGUGUCGUUGUUGUUGUGGAUAGCAUCAUUAAUGACCCAAGCGUAUAAGCGAGAAUUUAGGUCAAGAUAUAAUCAACAGUGCUACCUUUUGGCUGUGUCCAAUGUCAAUUUGUACAUUCUCAGUCAGAAGGAGCGUACACGAGAAACAAUAUACAUUCCACUAGCCAUUGCUUUGUUUCAAUCGUCAUUUUUCCAGGAAUUGAAGGAUGUCACUCAAGGCUUAUGGCAAGAUUUGCUAUAUAUGGACCCACAGGAGGUGAAGAAAACUGCAGAGCUCAAAUACAUAUGUGCUGAUAAAAGCAGCAUUGUCAAGAAUGCCAUAAGCCAAAACUUGAUGAUAUUUGCAAAGUGUGUAAAUGAGACUGAAUUGGGAGGCUUCCCAUUCAGCAAAUCGUACUACCUGAACAAACUGCUUGGCCCAUUGGAGAGGAGUAUUAUAAUGUCAUUUUUGGUUCAGAUUUCUUUUGAAGCAUUAAAGUUGGUAACCGGUUUGACUGAUACAGUAGUUGGUAAUGCUGAUGCCAGAAAUAACAAACAAAAUAUCCCUACACCUUUGAUCGACCAGGUGAUUUAUAUUGCAUCUCAUCUGUAUGAAGAGAGUGAGUGCCCCGACGAGUUCACUCCCUUGGAUGUGAGGCGAGUAUUUCCUGAUAUGGAUCAAGUUGCCUAUCUUAUCUCCUUGGGCAUGACGGAGUCCCAGGCAGAACAUUAUUUCGAUCAUGAGCCAGAUUUGUCCGCAUUACGUGAGGGAAGAGCAAUUUCUUGUCAGGAAUUUGAUAAUUUCAAAGAAAGUGACUGGAAAUCAUUUGCUAAUGAAUUAAAUUCCGCCGAAGUUGAUUUUUCAAUUGAAGAAGGAAAUUAUCUCACUUCAAGACAGAUUUUUGACAAAAGUAGAGAGAUCUGGAAAGCUAUAGAUGAUAAAUGGAUUCUGGUAGCUGUUUCUUACCCCAAAUCCAGUCACUUAGUUGCUGAUCUCCUCGUGACGUUGAAGGAUAAGGAACGCAUUGGCAAACUUGUCAAAGAGGCUUCGUCACGCGAACAAUUGAGUGGCGAACAGUACGCGGUAUACUUACAUCUUAUAUCAUUGUUGCUUCAGAAAAAGGACCACUUGCUGGAUGACUCCAUGAAAGAGGUUAGUAGUCUAUUUACAGAGUUCACGGUUGGGCCCUCUGCUGUGGAUGAACCAUAUUAUCAAUAUCUAAUGGCAAUUUUCGAACAAAAGCUAGUUGAGGAAGAUGUGCCUGUAGCUGAAAGUACAAAGCAUGAAGAUAUUAAAUACAAGACAGGUGGAAACACGGAUGACAUUAAGGGCCUAAAACACUUAUUUAUGAAGGAGUUUUCUAAGCUUGAUAAAAUUUCAAAUACCCGGUCAGCUAAUGCUAUAUCUCGUGUUAUGGCGUUGCUUGCGAAAGACGAUUCACUUGCUGAAGAGAUAUCUAAAAUGCCAGUAUUAGGGUGCUUGAUAAAGGCAGCAAAAACCACAGGGGAGGACAAGACCGUGGAAGAGUCGCUUAAAACCAGUGUCGUUUUUAUCAUGCGCUACUGCUUUGAAACCAGAAUGGUCAUUGAAAGUUACAUGAAACCCGAAUUGGUAAAACUGUUGGGUAUUAGCUUCAAACUGACCAAGAACCUCAAGCUGCUACUUAAAGACAAUAUGGCAUUAGUCUUUCGCAAUCCAGAAGCCUUGACUGAAGCUAUAUCGGAAAACAUUAUACUCGACAGUUAUAGCGGGCAGGAAUCACCAGUGACUUUUGGUGAUUUAAUUGUUACCAAGGCGCAAUCAAACAAAUCUUCUGGAGACGUGGAGUUACCAGGCGAGUCAAACCCAAAGACUCUCAAGUCUGGGUCAGUCAUGAAUUACUUGUUGACAGAAUUAAUGAAUGUGGUUAAGAGCGACUGGGUGUCAGACCCAAAGAAAGACGAGACAAAGAAUGAAAAAUCAAAGGGUAAGGCUACGACUGAUAUAUUUUCAAACACAAACUUUGCUUACUUGUGUUUCCUCUUACAAAGCGUUGUCGAACUUUUGGGGUCUUACAAGCAAGCUAAAUUCGACUUUCUCACUUUUUCCAAGAAGAAGCGCAGCGAUAUCAAGCCAAGGUCAACGUCUUUGAACUUUUUCUUCCAUCAAUUGAUCCCCACUCAACUGUUGAGUACUUCAGGGCUGGAGCUGGAGAGACGAACCGCUGUCUCAUCGACUGCAAAAAUGGCGUUGAUGUGUUUAAUCUCGUCGCCCAUCCAGGAUAUUCGGGACGGUUCCAACGCGAAGAAAGAAGAUCCAGAUCUUGCACUUAUACGGAGAUUUGUCGUAGAGCUAUUGACAAAAGUGAUGAGAGAUACAUCUCAAUUGAAUGUCAUUGCACGUACAAGGUACGGCAAGUUGUUAGAUUUGUUUGAGCUAAGCGGACUGUUGAUAUCGCCAAAGUUUCGGGACACUAUUGGCCCAUUGCUCAACAAAGAAGCUGUACAGUACGACAUGUACCACAUAUCCAAGGUUUUCAUCGAAAAACAAGUACCCACAACUUUGGCCAAUUUGAUUGCUGAAUUUGAUUUGAACUUCCCUGAUAUAGAUAAAGUUGAGAAGGCUGCUUUGAAACCUAUAACACAUUUGGGCAAGAAUAAAGUCGAUUACCUGGAAUUGUUUGCCGAAGAUGGGCAGGAAGAGAAUGAUGAUGAUGAAAUAGUACCUGACGAUGAAAACGAGGAUCGGGAUGAUACUCCUGAUUUAUUCCGCAAUUCAACAUUGGGUAUGUAUGAUGUGGAUGUCAAUAGUGAGGAGGAUGACUAUUAUGAUGAAGAUGGGAAUUUAAUGAUCUCAGCCGAGGCCUCUGACUCUAUGGGGUCAGCGUCGUCUUUUGAAUCAGAUGAGGAAGACGAACCACUGGACGUUGAAAUGGAUGAGGGUCCUUACGAUGAAGACGAUGAAGGUUCCGAAGGAAGUCUUGACGACAUUGAAAUUAUAGACGAAUUGGACAUUGAUUCUUCUAGUGACGAUGAAUUUGGCUAUGGCGAUGAAGAAGAUGUAGAUGUGGAGGUGGACGCAGAAGGCGAACCUGUCGAUGAAGAUGACUAUACCGGAGAUGAGGAUGAGGAUGAAAGUGAAUAUGACGAAGACGAGUUGGACGGGUGGAUUGAACAGUUGGAAAGUGAAAACGAUCUGAACGAAGAUUGGUCGAAUGGACAUGGCCAUAGUCAUAGUCACGGUCACAGUCACAGUCACAACCACGGUGACAGACACGGCGAUACCCCCUUCAAUGGUCACGUUAAUAUUGGUUAUGGCGAGUUCAAUGCAGAUGAAAGUGGGCCAACCGAUCGUGGAUUCAGGUUUAGAAGAGAAGACGACGGAACUGAAAUUAGCUCAGACGAUGUUAGCGAGUCCGAAUCACAACAGGACUUUGCGGUGCUACCCACCAGCAAUGAUUUAAGAAGAGUUUUUGAUCAUACCGGUAACGGGCGAAUGGAUGGCACAUCCCCUAUAUCGUUGUUGUUGGAUGGUUUAUUCAGAGAAGGUAAUAUGCGUGGUUCGAUUGAAAUUACUGAAGACGGUGCUCGUGGUAGUGGACCUGCUAGCAUUGGAAGACUUUUUCAAAACAUGAUUCAAAUCGGGCAAACAGGAAGACACAUGGAUCACAGCCAUACUCUACAUAUAAAAUCUACCAACGAAAGGUGGGUUGACGCGUUAAAGAUGUUUGACCGUAAGGAUAAGGAAGAUUUAGUGUUGCGUGUAAUACCUGGCAUUGUUAACAAAAUUGAAGAUAGGAGCAUUGAAGCUUAUCAGCAGAAAAAAGCUGACCUUGAAAAGUCUGUAAAGGAAAAGGAAGAGAAGAAAAGAAAAGAGUUGGAGGAGAAACAGAAAAGGCGUGAAGAGGAGGCUAAACAGAGGGAAGAAAAUGCUGCUAACGAGCCUCCUAGAGAACCUAUUUUCGUCAGAAUUGGAGACAGGGAUGUCGAUAUUAGUGGAACUGAUAUUGAUCCUGAUUACAUUGAAGCUCUUCCUGAAGAUAUGAGAGAGGAGGUCUUUGCUCUGUAUGUCAGAGAAAGGCGUGCUAAUGCAACUACUAGUGACUCCGACGCACGUGAAAUUGAUCCUGAUUUCUUGGACGCUUUGCCUGGUAAUAUACGAGACGAAAUCUUGCAACUGGAAUCAUUGGCAAGAAGGUUUUCCGAAUGGGAUGAAGAGGAACCUAACGACGAUGAAUUUGAGGAUGCGACAGCCGGGAAUGCGGGAGAAGAUGAAGAUGACGACGAACGUGCAAGAUCCGAAAACUCUCAACACCCAUCACUGCAGGGUAAUAAAAGGAAAUCAAGCGGAAAGAUAUUCUUCACUCCAAUGUUGGACAAGAAUGGUAUAGCCGCGAUAGUGAGACUUCUUUUUUCACCAUUAUCAAUAAGUCAGAGGGAGCAGGUGUAUCAUGCACUCCAGUAUAUGUCCAAUAAUAAGCAUAGUAGAGUUGAGAUUAUGAACAUGAUGAUUGCAGUAUUGCACGAAGCCUUUACUAACCAAAGACUGAUGCAAAAGAUUUACACUCAGGUUUGCAGCCGUGCAUUAGGUGGUAAAGAGGUUAAGAGCCGGAUUCCAUUGAACACUACACAAAUCUUGACCGGUAUUCAAUUCAUUGAAUCGAUUGAUUUCCUCUUAGAAAGAAAUAGCCACUUGAGAUAUUUCAUUUUGACUGAUCAUGAAAACCAAUACUUGCCACAGAAGAAAUCGAAAAAGGUUGCCAAAGAAAGUAAGUAUCCGAUCAAUUACUUGUUGAAAUUGUUGGACAAUAAAUUGGUGGCUGAAGACCAGACCUUUUUGGAUGUGUUGGCACGAGUUUUACAAAUAUCAACGCGUCCGUUAUAUGCAUUGAAGAAAUCGGAAGGCAAGUCUGCCGCUCCUUUCCCACCACCAUAUAUUCCCGAAGAGAAUGUUAGAUGCAUCAUUGCAAUUUUGACUGGUAACGACUGUUCAAAUUCGACAUUUAGGAGAACUAUUAGUGCAAUGCAGAACCUAUCUGUAUUGCAAAACGUUCUGGAUAUCUUCAAGAAUGAGCUUUCAAAGAAGGCAACCGAAUACGGACAAAAAAUCAUUGUCGAUUUGAACAAGUUGACCGUGAAUUUGGAUAAUGAGGGUGAUUUAAAUAGCAAAGCAUUUUCCAAAUUCAGUGCCCACUCGUCAGACCAGGCCAAGUUACUUCGAGUCUUGACGGCAUUGGAUUACAUGUUUGAACACAAGGAUAAAGACCUUGAUGAAAGGAAAUCUGACGUUGAAGAACUUACUGAUCUUUACAAAAAAUUGGCGCUUGGUAAUCUAUGGGAUUCUUUGAGUGAGUGUUUGCGAGUUUUGGAAAAGAACCCUCACUUGCACAAUAUCGCAAAUGCGUUAUUGCCCUUGAUUGAAGCUUUGAUGGUUGUUUGUAAGCACGGCAAGGUCCGCGACCUUCAAAAUAAGGAGAAUGCUAAGUAUGAAGUGAAAAAGAUUGAUUUCACCAAGGAACCUAUCGAGUCUUUAUUUUUCUCCUUUACUGACGAGCACAAAAAGAUAUUAAACCAAAUGGUGAGGACGAAUCCGAAUUUGAUGAGUGGACCUUUUGGAAUGUUGGUCAAGAAUCCAAAAGUUUUAGAAUUUGACAAUAAGAAAAACUAUUUCGAUCGCAAACUUCACAAGGAUAAGCCAGAAAAUUCAAAAUUGGCAAUCAGUAUACGUCGUGACCAAGUAUUUUUAGAUUCUUAUCGGGCAUUAUUCUUUAAGUCAAAGGACGAAUUCAAGGACUCGAAAUUGGAAAUAAACUUCAAAGGUGAACAAGGUAUUGAUGCUGGGGGAGUAACUCGUGAAUGGUAUCAGGUUUUGAGUAGACAAAUGUUUAAUCCGGACUAUGCCUUAUUUUUACCUGUGGUUUCGGACAAGACAACUUUCCAUCCUAAUCGUACGUCGUAUGUGAAUCCUGAACAUUUGUCAUUCUUUAAAUUCAUUGGUCGUAUAAUUGGUAAAGCUAUUUACGAUAAUUGCUUUUUGGAUUGCCAUUUUUCAAGAGCCGUUUACAAGCGUAUUUUGGGUCAACCACAAUCAUUAAAGGACAUGGAGACCUUGGAUCUUGAGUACUACAAGUCACUUAUAUGGAUGUUGGAGAAUGACAUUACUGAUGUAAUUACUGAGACGCUUAGUGUUGAGACUGAUGAUUACGGUGAACACAAGGUCAUCGAUUUAAUCCCUGACGGAUCAAACAUCCCUGUGACUGAAGAGAAUAAGCAGUUGUAUGUGAAGAAGAUUGUCGAAUAUAGAUUGCAAACGUCAGUUGAAGAGCAAAUGGAGAAUUUCUUGAUUGGAUUCCACGAGAUCAUCCCCAGGGAUUUGGUGGCAAUAUUUGAUGAAAAGGAAUUGGAGCUUUUGAUUUCUGGGUUGCCUGAUAUCGACGUUCAUGAUUGGCAAUCGCAUACCCAGUACGUCAACUAUUCACCUUCGUCAGUACAGAUUCAAUGGUUCUGGCGAGCUGUCAAGUCCUUUGAUAAUGAAGAGAGAGCAAGAUUGUUACAGUUUGCUACCGGUACUUCAAAAGUGCCGUUGAAUGGAUUCAAAGAGUUGACUGGUGCUAGCGGUACCUGCAAGUUUAGCAUCCAUCGUGACUAUGGUGCUACUGAUCGUUUACCUUCGUCGCACACUUGUUUCAACCAAAUUGAUUUACCUGCAUAUGAAAACUACGAGACGCUAAGAGGUUCUUUGUUGAUGGCUAUCACUGAGGGCCAUGAAGGAUUUGGAUUGGCUUGA